AUGACACUGAUGAAGAGCGUAGGCAGCGUUUGGAGGCGAACAGAAUGCGAAUUUCUCAAGCGAAAUCUACUACGGCUUCGGAAGAAUCCAUACCGUCGACUUCAGCGCUUUGAGGUUUCGACUGGAACCAACAGGAUUAUGUUGUGCGAACUGAAAGAUCAAAUUACCACAACGCCACCUGAACCACUGAAUUCAUUACUUUCAGGACAAGAACCUCUAUCGAAGCAUUUCUUGCAGAAUAUUCAAAAUUACAACUGUGUAUUCCAAAUGACAUCAUUUGGUGCAAAUAUAAUUGAGGAAAGGGGUUUCAAUCCAACUUUUAAGAUUCAAGGACAAAUUCACCAUCGUGCAGGAGCAUUGUUGCCAUCAGUUGAUGGGGAAUACAAAUUUCUUCAAAUUUAUUUCCUCGGAAAUUCUGAAGCUGAAAUAAAUCAACGCUGUGCCAUCAAUCAUGCAGCUAGGAGAGAGAUCAUCGUGCAACUGCAACAACUGUUGCAUGCUCACAAUCAAUUGGUCCAAUUGUUUAAAACAGCCCUUGAAAUGAUGCCGUCGGACGAUCAUAAAAUAGUGACCAGAGCAGACAAAAAACCAACAGGAGAACAUGAGAGACGCUUCAAUGCACCUAUGUUAAAUGAAGUUGCCAUUGUGAUUGUUGGGGAGAAUAUGGAGUCUCGUGACAUUGUAAUUCAACGACGUAAUGGUAGCAAACUUCAGCGUAUCAGUGAAACACAUCGUUCAUAUGAUGCAUUACAAUACCCUCUAAUAUUUUGCAGAGGAGAAGAUGGAUACCAUUUUCAAAACAAGAUGAUUAAUCCAGCGACUGGUCAAGAAACAAACAAAAAGAAAGAAUUACGUUCUGAACAAUACAUUCAUUUGCGCGAUGCCAUGAACGCAGAUAAAAAUGGAAAUAAUGUCGGCCAACUUAUUAUUUUACCAGCAACGUAUAUGGGAAGCCCGAGACACAUGCACGAAUACGCGCAAGAUGCUAUGACCUACGUGCGCCAAUACGGUAGACCAGAUUUAUUUAUUACUUUUACAUGCAACCCAAAAUGGAUCGAAAUCACUAAUCUGUUAUUACCCGGUCAAUCAUCCAGCGAUCGUCACGACAUAACCGCUCGAGUGUUCAAGCAAAAACUCAAAGCGCUCAUGGACUUCAUUGUAAAAUAUCAUAUCUUCGGAGACGUACGAUGUUGGAUGUAUUCUGUAGAGUGGCAGAAAAGAGGACUGCCUCAUGCGCAUAUUCUCCUGUGGAUGGUCGAAAAAAUAAGACCGGAUGAAAUUGAUUCGAUCAUUUGCGCAGAAAUUCCUGAUCCCGAAGUAGAUCCAGAAUUGUAUGAAGUAGUUAAGAAGAACAUGAUUCAUGGACCGUGUGGCGAACACAAUCGUGAAUCACCGUGCAUGAUCGACAACAAAUGCUCGAAGCGUUAUCCCCGUGCUUUGUUGGCUGAUACAAUUACAGGGAAUGAUGGCUACCCCCUGUAUCGUCGUCGUUCUAUAGAAGACAACGGCAGAACAAGAACAUUGCAAGUCAAAAAUAAGGAUGUCGUAGUCAACAACUGUUGGAUUGUUCCGUAUUCGCCGCUGCUUUCCAAAACAUUUAAAGCGCAUUGUAAUGUUGAGUACUGCAAUUCGGUCAAGUCCAUCAAAUAUGUUUGCAAGUACGUCACGAAAGGAAACGACAUGGCUGUAUUUGGUAUUGCAGGUCCAAAUAAUAACGAUGAAAUUUCAACAUAUCAGAUGGGAAGAUAUGUUAGUAGCAAUGAGGCGGUUUGGAGAAUCUUUUCAUUUCCCAUACACGAACGUCAUCCCACUGUAGUUCAUUUAGCUGUUCACCUGGAGAAUGGACAACGAGUUUAUUUCACGGCAGAAAACGCCAGCGCCAAAGAGCAGAACGACCAUCAGCGACAACGCUGA